ACCGGCACUAAACAAACUCAGCCGCAGGAGAACCAACCAUGGCGGACGAGUCGAAGCCCUUCUUUCCGGUCGAGAAAGCUCACCACGUUAAGCCCCCGCCGCCGCGCCGUCCCCGGCUCAACACCCAGGAGUCCCGCUUUUGGCGCUGCUUCCGCCACUCCGAGCUCGCUUCCGGUCUCAUCCUCCCCGUCACCGCCCUCGAGUUCUCCCCAGUGGCCCCCUUCCAUCUUGCCGCGGCCUGCUCUGCCGCCGUGCACCUCUACGACGGCGGUGCCUCUCCUUCCCUCGCCCCCCUGCCCCAUUCGCCUCUCUCUGGAUUCUCCGAUGUCGCCUACUCCCCAUCCUUCCGCUGCGACGGAUCCCUUCUGGCAGCCGGUGGAGAGUCCGGCAUCGUCCAGGUCUUCCGCCUUGACAAGGCUGGCCCGCCUCUUCGACGCCUCAGCGCCCACGCUCGCCCCGUUCGUUUCGUCCGCUACCCUCGCCUAGAGGACAAGCUCCACGUCUUCUCCGGCGGAGAUGAUGCUCUCCUUGUCUACUGGGACGUUCCCUCCGAGACCCAGCUAAUCACCUUCCCUGGCGCCCACCGUGACUACAUCCGCGCUGGGUCACCCUCCCCGACCAGCCCUGAGGUCAUGGCCACUGGCUCUUAUGAUCACUCCAUCAAAAUCUGGGACGUUCGUGUUCCAUCAAGUUCGAACGCCAUCCUCAGCUUCAGCCAUGGGGAUCCCGUGGAGAGUGUACUAUUCUUGCCUUCCGGUGGACUUCUCGCCACUGCGGGUGGAAAUGUUGUCAAGAUUUGGGAUGUUAUCGGUGGUGGCAGGUUGAUUCACACAAUGGAAGGCCACAACAAGACUGUCUCUGCACUGUCUCUUGGUAGGGUUGGAAACGCUAGUACGGCCCUUGGAGGUGGAGAACCCAGACUCCUUAGUGUGUCUAUCGAUGGGUACAUGAAAAGCUUCGACUUUGCAGCCUUUAAGAUCACACACUCCAUGAGGUACCCUGCGCAGCUGCUUUCUAUCGGUUUCUCCCCAUCUGGCAAUUCUCGUGUUGUUGGGACAUCGAAUGGGGUCAUUUACAUGGGAAUGAAAAAGAAGCUGCUGCAAGAAGAGAAGGGAACUGGAAGUGCUAGUGUUUUUGAUGGGUAUGCUCCUGAGCCUAAGAAGCAAGUUCUAAAGCCAACCAACUAUAGAUACUUUCACAGAGGUCAAACAGAGAAACCACGAGAGACUGAUUAUCCGAUCAAGAGAGCACCAAAGGUGAAGCUUGCCGAGCAUGAUAAGCUUUUGAAGAAGUUUAGGCACAGGGAGGCUCUUGUUUCAGUUUUGAGUAAAAAGGAUCCGACUAGUACAGUUGCUGUGAUGGAGGAGCUAGUGAUCAGGAAGAAACUGCUAAAAUGCGUGGCAAAUUUAGAUGUUGAUGAGCUUGGUUUGCUUCUGCGUUUCCUGCACAAGUAUGCUACCAUGCCACGUUAUGCAAGGUUUCUAAUGAACUUAGCAAAUAAGGUUAUUGAGAUGCGUCCAGAGGAUAUUCAAUCAAAUAAGCAUUUGAGCAAACAUGUUGGAAGUCUUAGGCGCAGAGUUGCAGAAGAAAUCAUGAUACAGCGUUCUUUGCAAGAGAUACAGGGAAUGAUUUCACCUUUUCUCAUAAUAGCUGGACGUUGAGCUUCUCCCUACCUUUGCUUGAUUACUUGUGUGGUUUGCAGAUUGAGUGGGUUUAGCAAAAGCACCUGUAGUCUCAUAGAAUCUGAGCAUAUACUGAUGGCAGUCAGAAGAUCUAGCAGCAGCUUCUUGGUCUUUGCUGCUAUCAAAUUUUGCAGUCUUUGAUUGCCUUGCUUUUGUAACCAGAUGAAUUGCUCUGGCCUGAUGACGGAAUCGGUGUUUGAUGUUGACUGUUUAUUAUUUUUGGUUUUUGGAUGAAUAGAAGAACAUAUAUGUUAUUCUGCUGUUAUUUUUCAAUCGACUAGGUUUACAAGGCAUGGAAACUUUUGGUGAUGUGCACAUUUUAUUUAUUGGAAUUUUCUAAAUCGCAUGGGCGAUCCUUUACUGG